AUGGCGAAGAAAGCUGUAUUGAUUGGGAUCAACUAUCCCGGAACAAAAGCAGAGUUAAGAGGAUGCGUAAACGACGUAUGGAGGAUGCACAAAUGCUUGAUCGAGCGAUACGGAUUUUCCGAAGACGACAUCACCGUUUUGAUCGACACCGAUUCGUCGUAUGCGGAGCCGACGGGAAAGAACAUACGCCGUGUGCUGUCGGAGUUGAUCCGAUCGGCGGAGGAUGGAGAUGUGUUGUUCGUUCAUUAUAGUGGACAUGGGACGCGUCUUCCGGCUGAAACGGGAGAGGAUGAUGAUACUGGUUUUGAUGAAUGUAUCGUUCCUUCUGAUAUGAAUCUCAUCACUGAUGAUGAUUUCAAGGAAUUUGUGAAUGGGAUUCCUAGAGGAUGUAGGCUGACAAUUGUAUCUGAUUCAUGCCAUAGUGGUGGCUUGAUUGAAGAAGCUAAGGAGCAGAUAGGAGAGAGCACAAAAGGAGGAGAGGAACAAUCUGAAUCUGGCUUUGGAUUCUCAAGCUUUCUGCAUAGGAAAGUUGAGGAUGCCAUUGAGUCCAGGGGAUUUCACGUUCCUUCGGGAUUGCGCCGUCAUACACACAGGGAUGAAGAUGAUGAAAAAGCUGAAGAUGGGGACAGCGAACUCCCACAUGGGACCUAUGGUUAUGUAAAGAAUAAGUCUCUGCCACUCUCAACCCUCAUUGAGAUACUCAAGCAGAAAACUGGAAAAGAUGAUAUAGAUGUUGGUAAACUGAGACCUACCCUCUUUGAUGUUUUUGGGGAAGAUGCUAGCCCUAAGGUGAAGAAGUUUAUGAAGGUUAUCCUGAACAAACUCCAACAAGGAGGUGGUGAAGGUGAAGGUGAACAUGGUGGGAUACUGGGAAUGGUGGGGAGUCUUGCCCAACAGUUUCUCAAGCAAAAGCUGGAUGAGAAUGAUGAGGGAUAUGCAAAACCUGCCAUGGAGACAGAAGUGGGAAGUAAGCAUGAAGUAUAUGCUGGGUCAUCAAAGCGCGGUAUGCCAAGCGGUGGGAUUCUGAUGAGCGGCUGUCAGACAGACCAGACUUCGGCAGAUGCUUGCCCUGCCGGAAAUGCAGCUAAUGCUUAUGGAGCUUUUAGUAAUGCAAUACAAGCUAUAAUUGAGGAGACUGAUGGUUCAGUUACAUAUUCAGAGCUUGUUCAUAAAGCUAGACAGAAGCUACAGAAGGCCGGUUUCACUCAAAAGCCUGGACUCUACUGCAGUGAUCACCAUGUUGAUGAACCAUUCGUGUGCUGA